AUGCCACUGCAAUCGCAUAUGCAGCUAAGUACAACACUCAAUCUUUUAACACUCUUUGUCUUAUGUCGAUCAACAUUCCGAAAACGCUCAAGGCCGACCCACGAUCCACUAUAUGCGUACAAUAGCAGUGAUCGAUUUUCUUGGAGUAUACGGAUGGAAUGUCGAUGGUUAUCUAAGUGCUAUUCAUGGAUUUUCAUUAACUUAUUCGUAUUCAGUGGCAUCAUAAGUGUCGGUGGAUAUAUCGUUGCCGACUCGCCACUGCGCCCCAUGAUUUCCACAUUCCAGACCGUACAUUUGUGGAUUUAUGAUCUUAUUCCAUCAGGAUUGAUUUUAUCAUUCAAUUUUCUCUCAAUUCAUCAUUUGCAUAAACUACGACGAACAACAACCAUAACAAAUUCUAAGAUUCGCCAUCAACCAAUUACAAUCACUCUUAUCAUUUCUGGUUUUACAUUCGUGAUGACACGAACACCAGCUUCGCUUAACUAUGGCUUUCUCUAUCCGACUCUUUCCAAAACGUAUUGGGGCCGGUAUAUUAUUGAUGCAUUUAAUUUACUUCUAUACACAUGUCCUGUUCUGAGUUUUCCUAUUUAUUUUAUGACAUUCAGUGAAUUUCGUCAUCAACUGAUUAACUUCGUCACAAGAAGACCAGUUACGACAAGAAUUGCUGGAGAUGCACCAGUUCAAGUUGUGCAAGUCAGAGGACAAAACAAGUAG